AUGACACCUCGGCUGGCCCAGAAUGGCAUUUGUGUUGCUUUCACAGAAAGUGUUCAGGCAAUGAACUAUCGUCACUCAUGGCUUCUCCCUAAAAAUGUAUUUUUCAAGUUGGAUUCCUUACUUUACUCAGUUGAAACCAAUGUGAUUAUUGUCAGUGGGACUUCUCAAUCGCUGCAUGUUUUAACAAUAAUCUUAGAAAUUUAUGAAUUUAGGAGAAACGCUCAUAUAGGAAAAGUGUGGGUCAUGCCACCACAGUGGGAUUUUUCCAAUACAGCUAGUAGCAAUGGAUGUCCUACAAAAACGUUCCACGGUUCCUUCUCUUUCUUUGUCCAUACCAAAGCAGUACCAGCAUUCCAGGAUUUUAUCCAGACCAUGAAACCUGACAAAUCAAUGAUGACUUUUCUUUCUGUCUUCUGGCAAGAUGCAUUCCAUUGCCGUAUACCUAAUGAAUACUACCAAUACUGUAAAAACUGUAAAACAUGUACAGGUGAAGAAAAUCUGGGAAGGCUCCCUGGAUAUAUUCUGGAAAAAGACCUUACAGGGGAGAGCUAUAGCAUCUACAAUGCUGUGUAUACUAUAGCACACGCUUUACAGUUGGCAAAGAAGAGAGAAAUGCUGAAUAGGGACACAUUUAUGAAUCUGAAGGUUCAACCAUGGAAGCUCCAUGCCUUCCUUAGGAACAUUCACUUUAAUAAUGGCGCUGGGCACGAGGUCCUCUUUGAGAAUGGGAAAUUGUCCCCAGAAGGGUAUGACAUCAUCAACUGGAUGAUUUUUCCCAAUAAAUCCUUCAUUAAAAACAAAGUGGGGAAAAUUUCUCCAAUUCAAGGCUUCUCUAUCAGAGAGGAUGGUAUACAAUGGAACAGUAAAUUUGAAAAGCUACCACCCCAUUCCAUGUGCACCAAGAGUUGCCAACUUGGAUACAGCAAGGCAGUUCAGGAGGGAAAAUCAUUCUGUUGCUAUGAUUGCAUUCUAUGCCCAAAAGACAUGAUUUCUAACCAGACAGACGCAAAUGAAUGUGUCAAAUGCCUUGAAGAUCAAUAUUCAAACAAAAAAAGACAUCAGUGUAUCCCAAAGGUUAUAGUUUUCCUAUCUUUUCAAGAGCCCUUGGGAAUUAUUUUGCUUUUCCUGAGUAUUUUCCUUUUUGUGAUUACAUGCUUAGUGGUACAAACUUUUCUGAAGAGCUGGAAUACUUCCAUAGUCAAAGCCAACAACAGGAGCCUCACCUGCGUUCUGCUCAUCUCCAUCCUCCUCUGCUACCUUUCUGCCAUCCUCUUCAUAGGCAAACCAGGCAAGGUCACCUGUCUUCUUCAGCAAAUGACAUUUGGCAUCAUCUUCACUGUUGCGGUUUCUUGUGUGUUGGCAAAAACCAUCAUUGUGGUCUUGGCUUUCCUAGCCACACAACCAGGCAAUAGGGUGAGAAAAUGGCUAGGGCAAAAAGUGGCCAUUGCCAUUGUGGUUUCCUGCUCCCUCACUCAAGUGUGUAUCUGUGCAGCAUGGCUCUCAACCUCUCCUCCAUUCCCAAAUGCUGACAUGCACUCAGAAUCGGGGAAAAUUGUCAUUCAAUGCAAUGAAGGGUCUCUCACCAUGUUCUAUUGCCUUCUAGGCUACAUGGGGCUCCUAGCCAUCAUUAGCUUCACUGUGGCUUUUUUGGCCAGAAAAUUGCCUGAUACUUUCAAUGAAUCCAAGCUGAUCACCUUCAGCAUGCUGGUUUUUUGCAGUGUUUGGAUCCUGUUUAUUCCAAGUUACAUGAGCACCAAGGGAAAAUACAUAGUUGCUGUGGAGGUUUUUGCCAUAUUGGCCUCCAAUACUGGUCUCUUGGCUUGCAUCUUUUUUCCCAAAUGUUAUAUUAUUAUUAUAAGAGCUGACAUGAAUUCAAAGAAAUUGCUGACAGAGAAAAGACAUUAA